UCUCUCUCUCUCUCUCCCUCUCUCCCUCUCUCUCUCCUUUUCCUUCGCCAUUAAGUCUUCUCCUCUGGAUUUCUUCGCGACUCCAUUGCCCGUUCAACGAAGAAGAAGCUUUUUCUCACACCUUCUUCAAUGGCGGAAACUGAGAUUCGCGCCAAAUCCCCAACUCUCGCGCUGCGGCAGAGCCAGGCUGAGGCUUGUCCAAGUAAGUUCCAUAGCCAUGUCUUGUACAAAGUUUUAACGGCGAUUUUCUUUCUAGUGAUUCUCCCUCUCGUCCCCUCCCGAGCCCCUGAGUUCAUCAACCAAACUUUGCUGACCAGAAGCUGGGAGCUUCUGCACCUUCUUUUCGUCGGAAUUGCUGUUUCUUACGGCCUUUUUAGCCGGAGAAAUGAAGAGAAAGAGAAUGAAGUUAGUGGUUCUAAGUUCGAUAAUGUCCAAUCUUAUGUUUCUGGAUUGCUUCAUGUCUCGUCGGUUUUUGAUGAUGAGCCUGAAACUCCGUCUGCGAAUGAUGAAUCUUUGUCUUCUUCUGAUGAGAGUAAGGUCCAAACAUGGAGUAGUCGGUAUUUUAGGAAUGAAUCUGUGGUUGUUGCUGAAGAACGCCCUGCUGUUAACGAGCAGAGAGUUAGGAGCGAGAAGCCUCUGCUUCUGCCUGUUCGUAGCUUGAAGUCUCGUGUUGUUGCAGACGAUGAUCUUCUCGAUGAGUCUAGAGCUGUGUCUGGAUCCAAGCCGAGAGCGAGUUCGAGAAGAUUAUUGAGCAAGUCGAAGAGGAGUACGGAAGGGGAAUUUGGGGGAGUGAAUCUUGAAGAAAUGGAGGAUAAGUUGAAUGAAAAUGUCGUUCUUCGAUCGCCAGUUCCAUGGCGAUCGAGAUCGGGUAGGAUGGAGAUGCAAGAAGAAGCUGAUAAUCCUCCUAUGUAUUCCCCUGUUGCUGCCAUGGAGGAAUCUGAAUCGAAUUGGAUCGAUUCUAGGUCUUCCAGGCCUCAAACUUCAAGGUCUACCCGAGCCAAUGCCAUAGGUCAGAAGCUAUCUCCUUCUCCCUCUCCAUCUCCAACACCGAAGAAGCCAUCUCCUCCGCCCACUGUGUCACCAGAAUUACAGGGCAAGGGUGCGGAGGAUUUCGUGAGGAAGAAGAGCUUUUACCGGUCUCCGCCUCCUCCGCCGCCACCUCCGCCUCCACCACGUGUUCGACGAAUUUCCUCAAUGAAACAAAGCUCUUGGUUGAACGAUAAUGAUGUGCCUCAUCAAAAAGAUUUGCGGCGAAGCUUCACUAGCAAACCCAGAAGCUCAAUUCGUGAUACAGGAGAUGAUAUUGAUAUGAUGGUUGGUCCUAAUUCAAGUGUUGUGAAUGAACCACCGAGAAAUUAUGUUGAUAGUCAAUCAAUGGGAAAAUCUGUAAGAACAAUCAGACCUGGGGAACUUGUGAAUGAACCACCGAGAAGAGGGAGAGAAUUGGGAGGAAAUGAAUUGAAGGGGAGGAUGGAUCAUCAGAAUGUCCAUGUCCAAGAUUUUGAGGAGAACCCCAUUGAGUUUCCAGAUGAAGAGAAAGAAGAACUGGUUGAAAAGUUAGACAUGGAAACCGACGACGACAUGGAAACCGAGGAAGAAGAAGACACCAUGGCGACCGAGUUUAUCAGGGACAAAAACGGAGGAACUUAUACCGAAACCAGGAAAGAUAACGAAAGAAGUUCGAGCAAUGAAGAAGCAGGCAGUAGCAGUAUGGCUGGUGAUGGAGGACCAGAUGUAGAUAAAAAGGCUGAUGAAUUCAUUGCCAAAUUCAGAGAGCAAAUCAGGCUCCAAAGGAUUGAAUCAAUAAAGAGAUCCAGUGGACAAAUUCGUAGAAACUCUUCAAGGCAAACUUGAAGUUUGAAAGAUGUAUCCUAUCAUCCUUCAUUCAUAUUCCUGGAAAGUGUUUUCAUCUUCUCCAAAUUCAUCCUCUGCUGCUGAAAAUAUAUUUUAUUAAUUGAGUUUGAAAUGCUUAAUAUUUUAAUUUAAUGAAAUACCUAUGUAUUUGAAAACCUAUUCCAUUUAUAUGAC